UGAAAGGGCAUAAUUGACAUGUUGUAGUCGACUAUUGGAUGCUGCCUAGGGCUUAAGCCGGUUCUGGUUCACUGUAUUGGUCAUUCCAUAAAGUUAGGCCGCCUGCCCCUAGAAAAGCGGAAUAUAUAAUAGCCUCCCGACUUCCUUACUUUCCCUUGUGUUGGCAUUUUGAUUUACAGAGGAAAUCGGAGGUCAAUUCUCCCUCUCGAUCGAUUUCAACUCCUCCGAUCUCUCUCUGCAACUUGCUCAUGGCGUUUUCCGAAAGCUCUCGACAAUCUCUCAUCCCUAAUUUCCUAUAUUCUUCGUCUUCAACCACCAGCCUGCUCAUGGGCAAAUCCAUCAAUCAUUCAAACCCAAGCCUGUUUCCUUCUCCUUCACCUCCAAAGGACCAGCAAAACUUCAUGAUAGCUUCUCCCAGUGAGCCUUUUGGGAAGAUCGAGAUGUACUCGCCUCGAUUCUACGCUGCUUGUACAGUUGGUGGGAUCCUCAGCUGUGGUCUCACUCACAUGACCGUUACUCCUCUUGAUCUCGUCAAAUGUAACAUGCAGAUUGACCCUGUUAAGUACAAGAGCAUCUCGUCUGGUUUCGGGGUAUUGCUGAAGGAGCAGGGUGUGAGGGGAUUCUUCAAGGGGGCCAGAGUAUGCUGCCAAGUACAAAACUUUGAUCUACCUGGCAGGUUCCGCAUCCGCUGA